AUGAGCGCCAAGCCCAAGGCGAACCUGGCCAAACCUCCCUACUCCUACAUCGCGCUCAUCACCAUGGCCAUCCUGCAAAGCCCCCAGAAGAAACUAACCCUGAGCGGCAUAUGCGAGUUCAUCAGCAGCCGCUUCCCUUACUAUCGGGAGAAGUUCCCCGCCUGGCAGAACUCCAUCCGGCACAACCUGUCCCUCAAUGACUGUUUCAUCAAAAUACCCCGUGAGCCCGGCAACCCGGGCAAGGGCAACUACUGGACUUUGGAUCCGGCAUCUGAGGACAUGUUCGACAACGGCAGCUUCCUCCGCCGGAGGAAACGUUUCAAGAGGUACCAGCACCGAGAGGCCGAGCUGGCGAAGGAGCGCGGCGCAUUAUUCCUCUAUCACAAUGUUACCUGUUACGGCCGCCCCUACCUUCUACAGCCGCAGGCAGUCUUUCAUCACUCGCCCUUCGGCUUCACCCCCGAGACUGCAGUCCUCUCCAGUGCCGCUCAAAGCCUACCCGACUCUCGCCUCAGCAGGAAGCUUCAGCACGCCCAGCCCAGCAGCUCUGCCCGCCAGGCACACCUUCACGUCGCGGGUUCGAAGCCCGGCUCCGGCAUCUCCGGCCGCCCUUCCUUCAGCAUCGAAGACAUCAUUGGAAGUUCAACUGUCCAACCGCGCACGCUGCAUCCCUGCUCAAAUUCUCAGACCCGGCCUGACUAUUGUAGCCUUCUUCAAUCAGCCCCUUGCCUGCUGUCUACAGUUUUAAACAUGUCCACAAGGACAGCCUAUGGCCACUUGAACAGACCUCGGCGCCACGCUCUCAACCACGAAACAGCGCCCGCUCUGAAAUUGCACUCAGCAGCAGUCUGUGCCGUCCCUGAGUGUCGGACAGUCCAGCGUUAA